AUGCUUGAGAUCGAAAUACCUGACUCAGUGACACCGAUCAAGCAUGAUCUGAGUGACCAAGAGAAAAGAUAUUUUGCCGAGUCUUACUUACAUGCUUCAAGCGGCAUUUUGGACUUGUUCACGGAGAGAGACUACGAGCGGCUGUUGUGCCCCCAAACUGAAUCGCAAUAUCCACGAUCACCCGAUAGUAUAUCUGAUUCUGGAGCGAGUCAGGAUUCAGUAUGCCUGGAUCUGAUUAUUGCGAUUGGUGCACAAUGCCAACCGAAGAGUGACAUGAAUCACUAUAUUUCGAUCUCAUAUUUUCGAAGAGCACAGAAAGCUGCGUUUGCUGGGAUGUUACAGACGCCCACAGUUGACUUGGCUCGUAGCUUUGCACUCAUGGCUUUCUACAUGCUAGGGGCCUGCAGUCGAAAUUCUGCUCUGAUAUUGCAGACAGGCAAAAGUGUUCGCGUCCUAGACCUCAUUUGCAACACUAUACUCGGUCGCCCUGGCAGUACCCCUGUCAUAACAGAUGAGCUGGAGUACCUAGAUGGCGAAAUAUGUCCUAAUUACGCAACUUUAUGCGCCACAUAUGAGGCAGUCGCUGUGCUUCAAUCUGUUGUGAAUGACACCAAAGAGAAGGAAGGGAUACCAAUCAGCAAAGCGGAAGGGUAUUUGGCCCAGCUUCGAGAAUGGAGUUCCAAGCUUCCGCCGCAUUUACGAAGACAAAGCCUUGGAAAUCCCUCCUCACAAUCUAUUGAAACCAGACGGGCUACGGUCGGAAAGAUACAUCUAGCCUGUAUUUAUUAUUACGGUGUGAUUCAAGUCACGCGUCAAUUUCUCAUUGAUCACAUCGUCCCUUCGGUGUGUGGAGGCAUAUUUGAGAGCGCCGAUAAUGGAAGGACAUCGGAGCUAGCCAAGGGGUGCACAGAAGCAGCACUUCUUAUGGCACAGAUCUGCGAUGAUGCCGAGAGCGCAGGAGCUCUGCUCGGGAACAUGUGCAUUUUAAAGGCAUGGUUGUUUUCCGCUGGCCUUGUUCUGGGCUUUUCCCUUCUGCGACCACAUGAUCAGAUGGAAGAGACACGCCAGGCCUUUCAAGGGACAUCACGGAUUCUCGCACGCUUUGGCAUCAACAGUCCACAGGCGGCACAGUAUCAUUCCAUACUCUCCAGCUUCGCAGAAGCCAUCGAUAGACACGAGCGAAAAUCGCGGUCGGAUAGAUCCCGACGGAAGAAUUCUAGUGUUGAAAAGAUACUGUCUUUCGAGGACCCGGAAGAUACUUCGAUGUCUACAGCCCGAACUUAUGCAAGCUCGCCAUGGGGUAGCUCACAAACCAUCAUCGGUAAUUUUCAGGAUGAGGAUCCUCUUUUACAGCUGGACUGGUCCAUUCCAAAUAGCGAGAAUGAAAUUCUACGCAUGUUUCUCGAUCCGUGUCUGGAAAGUUUCAUGAGUCUCCCCGCAACUGGCUUGGAUUGGAAUAUGUAA